AUGAAGAAUAACGCGGAUAAAAAGUGCAGGGACGUUGAGUUUGACGUGGGAACUUGGGUUUUUCUGAAACUAAAGCCGUACAGGCAGUUGUCGGUGGCACGGUGUGUUUGUCAGAAGCUCGCGGCAAAAUACUUUGGCCCUUUUGAGGUGGUUGAGCGAGUGGGAAAAGCAGCUUAUCGCUUGAACCUUCCCCUUGAUGCGAAGAUACAUUCCGUGUUUCAUGUCUCGCAGUUGAAACAGGGCAGCCUAGAGUUGCUAGUUCAGUGGGUUGGUCAGUCAGCGGAGGAUGGCACUUGGGUUCGCGCUAAGGAAUUCAGGAAGCAGUACCCGGAGUUUGAGCUUGAGGACAAGCUGGUUGAUAAAGAAGGGGGUAUUGAUAAGCUAGACCAAGUCUACAUUCGCAAAAAGAAGAAGAAUGAGGAGCUAAGUGAGGAAUUGGCAGCACAAGAAUGA